AGCAGUAGCACCGGCACCACCAUCAGCACCAGCCAGCAUUCAGCAGCAGUAGCCUCGUCGUGGCUAAAGGGGCUUCGGGAUGUUGUACCACGAGCUAGUCAACCGCGGCGUGUCGUCGUGUUAACCGUCGUCCACGUCGUUAAGGACGAAGGAAGUUGCGAACGAACGGGGUGCUGGCCGGUUAUUACACGCGAGCUCUUCGACUCUCGAGUCUCGUUGGUCGCUGGCGGUUCUUCGCGCGGUUCCGACCCGACGGGGGACCAUCGGUGCGCCCUCGGAAUAAAUUCGAACCGAGGGAUCCGAGUCGUCGUUAGUCGAGUUCGAGCCGGUGCGCGAUACGAUCCUCGACGUUGACGGAACGUCACGCAAGAUUCGUCUCGUUCGCACGCUGCCUCUGAUCGUGCACGGCGAUACACACGUACACGAUCGUUUUGUUUUCAUGCCUGUUUCUUAUGCCUUUUUUAUUCCCUUUAUCGACUGGUUCGAAGGGAUUAUUCUCGUUCUGGAUGAGACGAGCCUGUGAUUCGUCGUUGAGUUUACUGUUGUGUUAGAACGUUGCUGUUACGCGAGGAAGAUCGUUACAUAGUUUUAUUCAAAAUAGAAAUCCGGUGGUCUGUAAAUCGUUCUCAAGAUUUAUGAGGAUCAUCAACGAUCGUUUGCUCACCGACCAGCCGUAACGGAACUAUAAUAUUUCCGGAUCGAUCGUGCACCGGUGAUCAGAGGCUUGGCGUGGUGCGAAUGAUCGCAUUCCUCCUACUAUCGCGGUGUUACGUGUACCACACGCAUGAUUUUACCAAUAAAUAACCAGCUACAUUUAUCGAAGUCCGUUGCACGCGGUUUACGCUGAUCACUCGCUGUGCCGCAGGACCGUUAUCGUUAUCGAUUAAUCAAACAUAGCCAGUACGCAACGAACCAACGACGGAGGAGAGCGAAAAAAAAAGACAACGGUAACAUUAUUAAUUAAAAACGAAACAGCGUGCAACAAUUUUUCACGUUGGUCUCCUGCAUCGGACAAAAUAUCGCGAGGGACAAAGCAUAGAAGCCAGCCGAGCUGCGUUCGUCGAUCAAUUUCAUCGCAGCGAUACGAAAUAUAAACGCAUCGCGCGAGCUAACAGCUCGAAAUUGAGAAAAUAAAAGGGACAUGUACAAAGGGAUCAGUGCAACGAUUGUUCCAUCGAACAUAGAAGUUCAGCAAGAAGAAGAUCCGUAGCGACUGUUAAUCCGAAGGCUAGGCCGGCUAAACCGCGGCGUAUCGAUCGAUAAUCCUUGGUGACCCGUGAUUCGCAGUGAAUUUUUAACAUCGCACGGUUUUAUCUCUCGUCGAUUUUUUACGAGGAACGCGACCGAUUCAGUGCUGUGAGAUAAAUGUUUCAUAGACAGCAGUCGUGGUACAGGUAAUAUCGAAUCUCGAAGACUUACCGUGGAAUCAAAGGUGGCUCGAGGAUCCUCGACGAUAUGUCCCCGGAAAUCCAGGGACUGCCGUGAAAAAAUAAGCUUCGAGGUGCAAGACGUGGAACGGCGAUAAAAUGGCGGACAAUCAGAGAAGAAGACCGUAUCUGACCAUCAGUAUACUUCACAUCAUCACCAUCAUGUGCCAAGCUCUCUCCGAUCGACCAAUGUUUGCCGAGCCAAUACCGAACGUCACAGUGCCAUUGGGGAGAGACGUCAGCUUACCCUGUGUCGUUGAAAACCUCGGUAAUUAUAAGGUGGCGUGGAUUCACGUAGGUCGUCAAAUGCUCUUGACCAUUCACAAACACGUGGUCGUGAAGAUACCGAGAUUCUCGGUGUCCCACGACAAUCAGAAGACCUGGCUGCUUCACAUCAACAACGUGCAGCAAGACGACCGAGGCUAUUAUAUGUGCCAACUGAACACGAACCCGAUGAUGAGCCAGGUCGGCUUCCUUCAAGUUGUCGUACCACCGAACAUUUUGGACUCGUUGUCCACCGAGAGCACAGUGGCGGUUCGCGAGAACCAGAAUAUUACGCUGACGUGCAAAGCAGACGGAUAUCCAACGCCAAAACUGAUGUGGAAGAGAGAAGACGGCCAGAGUAUAAGCAUCAAUCGGCAUUACAAAGUGUCUCUGUACGAUGGCGAACAAUUAAACUUGACGAGGAUCACGCGCAAUGAAAUGGGCGCGUAUCUGUGCAUCGCGACCAAUGGCGUACCACCAACAGUCAGCAAAAGGAUCACCGUGGACGUCGAAUUCUCGCCGAUGAUCUUCGUGCCGAAUCAGCUAGUCGGUGCACCAGCUGGGACGAACGUAACGAUCGACUGCCACACGGAAGCUUAUCCACGGGCGAUGAGCUACUGGUUCCUUGGCGCCGAGAUGAUACUGUCCAACGAGAAGUAUACCACCAGCAUCAUGGAGAACAGUUACAGGGCGUACAUGAGGCUGACCAUAAGAAAUCUGCAGGAUGGUGACUUCGGCAAUUAUCGUUGUAUCAGCAAGAACUCGCUGGGCGAGACUGAGGGUUCCAUCAGAUUGUAUGCAAUUCCGAAACCAUCCGCAGCGCCGAAGGCCACGGAGAUCAAGAGCAGCGCCAACAAAGAAGGACGACCGAGCACGCCGUCACCAGCAAAAAGGCCGACCACCGUGUGGCCAUCCUCGUACAACCCCUACUAUACGAAAAGGACAGAGAGGCCGCCUCCCCCGAGCGAGGAGAGGGUCGAGAGGCCAGAGCAGAAGCUACGUGGUAGCCAGAGCACAGGAAGCGCGUACAUCAUAAGAUGGAGUGCCCCGCAACUGAUGGUGGUAGCGGUGCAGUAUAUCCUCACGGGACCCUAUAUGCCCCCGUACGUGCCCCAGACGGCGAAUUAGGAGAUGGACCACGAAAAACGUGGACCAUGUUCGUCCAGGACGUUUUGUCGCGCCCUGUGUACGUGUGUCUGACCUUUGCAUCUCGAUCUACUUUCAGCGUAGAGCCGCGCUCCAAAAUACGAUGCAUUUGCGAAAUACGGUAUUAGCGUAUCGAACGUAAUCUAUCAACGAGACGAAAGCGAGAGUGCCCUUUUUAUUUUUUUCGUUAAUGGCAAUUUGAUAGGCAGGAUAGUAAAAAUAAUAACGAAAUAAUUUUGCGCUAGGAUAUAUUUAGAACAAUUAUUUAUUCUAUGAAAGGAACGAAACGAUAUGUUGGAUUAAUAUUUGCGAUUAGAUUGACGGUUGAUGCGAUACAUUAGCGGAAGCAGACGAAAUUAUUUGUCAGCCGGGUUGUAUACCUUUAAUUGGAUUGUUAAUCGCAAUCGAAUAUUAAUUAGGGUAAUUGAAUUAUGUAUCGGCAGCCGCUGGAUUACGGGCUUAAUUAGCAUCAGAUAUUUAUUGUGAGGUGAAUUAUCUUGGUAAAUUAUUUGUCGGAAGUAAUGACGUAUGAACAGGAAACGAACCGUUUUCCAACAGCAAUAUGACAUUGCACCACGAGCCUGUACUUAAUCGGUGCAAUUAGAGAGAAAUUUAUGUGGUGCUCGUCGAUGUCUUUCGAAUUUUUAUUUUCACCUCUAUACGGUGUUUUAUUGUAAUGAUUUACAACCAUACAUGAUGGCAUGCAAUUUUCAUAAUUCUAUCAUUUGGGAACUAUGCGAAACCGUAGUAGAGAAUCGUAAUGAAAAUCGAUAACACUUACGUUGCUUCGAUGGUCCAACACAAGGCAAAGGAUAACAGUCCCGGCUGAUGUAAACUCUUCCUUCUUCUACAAUUUGCAAGAAAUAGGAAGUUCACUCGAUCUUUGAAAAUUUGAAAUAAAGUUGCAAAUUCCGAGCGGAGCAACAUCGUGACGAGAUAAGUCAAGGCUAAAAUAUGAGUAAAAAAAGAAAAAAGAACAAGACAAACGUUGGAGCUCUAGGAAAACCAUCUCCGGGUCUUUUCAUCGAAAUACUCCGGGGUUAACACGUAGCGCGAUAAAUUCCGAAAACAAUCAAACUCGCCGGAGCUCGACCGCCUUUCUCCCCAACGCUCAAAAUGAUAAAUCUGUCCUAUGAGAGUACAUACUUGGCGCAGGUGAACAAAACAGACCGAACUCUGGAUUCUUCUUGCGAUGCGCGAACGUUCCCCGUGUUGCCUCGUUCGACGUUACACAGAGAACAUACGAUAUCGCGUCAAUUAAAACGGUAUCGCGGUAUCGUUUCAAUUGGGAAAAAACGCGAUGUUGUUCGAUAAAUCUCGCAGAUUACGCGAUCAACCGUAACCGGGAACAAGGAAGAGGAGGUGAAAAACUGGAAAGAGAAACACGACGUGGCCGCGAUCAGAAACAAGAUAUCCCUAAAGACAGGGGAGAUACGUGCGUAGGUUGCGUAGGAAAGUCGCUGAAUGGAAUUUGCGAUGCCGGAGACUUUUCAAGCGCGACCAGGAAGUAGCAUUCAAGUAGAUAACCCUCAAGGGAGAGAAGGGGGAAUUUGAUUAAUGCUUCGGCACGUGAAAAAUGGCGCUCGCGUCCUCGCGAGCGAAAUCACGAAGGUUGGCAGGAACGUAACGAUGGCUUUCGUGAUAUUUUAAAAACGGUCGCCACCGGAGAAUCCAAUUAUCGAAACGGUUCGUUGGAUCGUUGCUCGACGGCGGAAACUUGGUUCUCGUUUCUCAAAAAAUUUCACGAACCUCGGCAACUCGCUGAUUUUCCUCCCGACUCGCUUCAACUUUCACAAAUUUCAUCUCAUUUUCUCCCUUUUUUAUUUUCGUUCGCUCUCAUAUUUUUCGCCCGUUUUGCAAUUUUUCCUUUUUCCCUGAUUUCCCGAUUAAUAUCAGCGCAAAUAUUAAUGCGUAGCAUCGCGUCGGUCGAAAUUAAUUUCUUCGUUGCGUUUUAAUUCGCGGGUCGUGUUGAAAAUUCCUCGAUGAAUGGGGCAUCCGGCGUUCGAAUUUCGUGCUGUUUCAUCGACAACACUGGCCCACGGAUGGCGUUGCUAAUUUAUCGAAAUACAUUAAAAAUCCAUGCCGCAAUCGUGAAUGAUACACGAAGGGGAAAUUGAAACGAAACUGGCUCGCUUCUAAUUUUAACGCGACAAAAGUGUCGUUGGAGUGGCCGAUGAAACAUUCCAUGAAGCCAGCCGCGCGUUUUCCCUCGGCGCGCUCGUGCCUGACGCGCUCUCAAAGACCGAAAUUACUAUGAUUUCCAAACGAACGUAUUAAUUCUCGUGGCUCCCUGUAAUUAAGAAACUUUCCAUUACCGAUCGUGUAAUCGGCACGUGACAUGUAAUUGGGUUUCACGAUAUCGUCUGUGAGAAGCUGCCAAAUUGAAAUACGCUAGCCGCUCGAAUUAAUUAACGAAAGAAGACACAAAGACAUCAAACGACACGGAGAAUUGAAUUCCCGGGCGUGACUGGCGAACGAAUCGUCUACCAACGUCGGUGUAGGCCCUGGUUAAUCGAAAAACGUUGAUUCGUAGACUGUCAGAGACGGUCGUGAAUUCGAAAUUGAGCUAACAUUUCAUAAUCCAGUCGGUAACGAAACGCAAAUAUUAAUAACCGGUCAGGUGCUUUGCCAGUAAUUUAAUUUCACGGAGCCCAAUAACGAAACAUCGGUUACUCGACGAUGAAAAUUAUAAAACAAUUCAUAUCGCUAGUACGAAAAAUUUGUUCGCAUCUCAGGGCUCCCUGGCCUUCUACGUUAUCACGAAACACAACGUAUUCGUUUCCGUUGUCGUUUGUUGGUUUCCGGAAAUCGUACAACAUCGUAAAAAUUAAAGCCUAGUUUCGGCCACGGAUUCUAUUUCACCGGUUUGGAACGACGAAACGUUUUCAUUGCAAGGAAAACCAGAUUGAAAAGUAAGAGAACAGAGGCUACGCUAUGGAAUUAAUAGCAAUAACAGUAGUAGCAAUAGUAGUAGUAGUAGUAGUAGUAGGAGUAGGAGUAAUAGUAGCAGUAGGCUGGUUGACGCAUAAUUCUGCUUCCGGACGAAUCGGUAGAAACCAUUUGUGUGUCUGGUCUGGAUAACUCCGUUCGUCGGUCACGCAAGCGGCUCAGGGAAGCCAGUAUGAAAAGUUUCGAUCGCGCGAAAAGGGCUUCGAUAAAGUAUCAUUCGGUCGGAAAGUCUUGCAACUGGAAAGUUGGCUCACUUCGAAAUUGAAAAGUUCCCUUUUAUCGGUGAUACCGGCGGUACGGUGGUAUCUUCCGCCGAAUACCGAGAUCCUGGAAUAAAGAUUCUUCGAAAACAUCGACAUAAAAAAGAAGGAAAAACGGAAGAUAGAGAGAGAGAGAGAGAGAGAGAGAGAAAAGGUAAAAAAAGAACGAAGAAGCAGAGAAACGUGAUUUCUUGUUUAAUGUACGAGAACGAGAGAUAAAGCGCGGUGGAAACUCGUACGCGAUGCUCGAGGAAAUUUCCUUGGAAAACCGCGAGACGACUGAUUCGAGCAUCGAGAAACGUUCAACGGCUUGGUCUCUGUUUUCGGAUUAGCAUUUAAAUGAAAUGGCGAAUUAGUGCGCCGUUUUAGAUUUAUCUUUCACGAGCGAACGUCGUCAACGCGGCGCCACGCAAAGCUCCGACGCAGUCGAACGAUAGACUCGUUCGAAUUCGGACCACGAACCAACCGAACAGCUACAUUAUACGAUCCUCUCUACAGUUCUGCUGUAAUUACCACCGUCGCCAACGAUUUAAUCAAGACAUCUCUAUUUACCUGUUGGUCGUAAAAUAUUCUAAAAUAUCUCCAUUCAGAUUUCCAAUAUUAUGCAAGAUAUCCGCCUGAAUUUCCUUAAACCGAGACAAUCGCGGAUUUUCUACAAAGAUAUCCUCGCUGCUGAUCGAUUAUUGCGGAUCGGGACAACGAAUUAGGCCAACAGCUUUUCGGCGUUUGUCCGCGUCGAGGAGAUUCCCGGCCAAAACGGGUAGACGAUCGUCACGCAGGGGAAGAGAACAAGCAUUCAGAUUCGAACCACGAAACAGCGCGCACGGGCGAAAUAUCUCACGCCAAUAUAAUUGUACGCGUUUCAGAGGUAUCAUUUCGUAAUCUAUGUAGUCCUGGUCGGAUGGGGGAUUAUGUUAAGCGAUGCGUGAGCGGCCACAGUCCACGGCAAGCCAGGCGUAACAGAGAUACUGCUCGGUGACGUCGUUACACGCCACGGGUGUAUUGCCGCGUCCGCGGCCCGUGCACGCGCCGAUAGAAUACACACCUCCCUAUUUAGAUGCGUGCACGGAUAGGAGCCGUGUAUCGUCUGGUGCACGCGCGACAUGAAUUUUAUUCACAGCUCUCUCUCUCUCUCUCUCUCUCUCUCUUUCUCUCUCUGGCAGCCGUUAUUCUAUUUCACGGCCGUUACACGAAAUUAAUACAUCGAUUGGCGGAUGUUUCGUCGCACUGCUUCACCGAUAUUAAACGGCAAUAGAAUUACUCUACGAGAUGAUUCUGGAAAUCAAAGAGUAGAGCAAUGGAACGAUGACACAUAUAAUAUGACACGCGACACAACGGAGUUGUAAAAUUAGCGAGGAGUAAAAUUGGUUCGUGUCAUGGAUGUCAUAACGAGUGACAAUAACAAUCGACAAUACACGGAGGGCACAGAAGCCAAUCAAUGUCAAUCUUUCAUUAAGAACGAUCUACGUCGGGCAAAUACCUCUUAUAAUACAAUAUACGAUCUUACAUGGACCAGUAACAUGAAUCACUUACUGCCACACUUCUCUACUGCCACUUUAAUUUCUAACUGUACUGUGACUUAAGAAGAUCGAUUUCUAUUGAAAAAUUGCUAUUACAAAACGCGUUAUUAUUGCAAGAUUACAUAAAACGACGUAGAGUUCGUUAAGGCUGGUCGAAGUUAGCUCUAGUUUACGUAAGAACCAAGCCCUCGUCGAGGCAAAGAAUCCAGGUUAUGUAAAUUACCUCUUAAGUAGAUGAUAACCCAAACUUAACCCAGAUUCGAGGCACGGUUAAGGCUCUCUAUCCUCCGCUCGUAUCUUAUCCUCGGUAUAUUAUUUUAUUUUGCGAGUCGCGAUUAGUUGUCGAUUACCAAGAACCAACCGUUAAAUUUCCCGUUAUUCACCGCGACACGAACAUCCGUUUCUCGUCGUGAUCACGUCCGAAAACGUUCCCGUCCAACAUGCAUUCCGCGAUGCAAAAUAAACGAGAAACGCGUUCGCACGCGAUCGCCGAGGCGCGCGUUUAUCCUUCUGCAUGCAUGUCCGAGGGCAGACAUCAUGCUCGUUCACCGUGACACGCGGUCCGAUUAAUAAGCAGAAAAUUGCAACAGUGCGAACAACAACGAAGCCGAGACUAAUGGUCGUCCUCGUGGAUCGUGCUUUUCUCUAUGUUGAAUUACAGAAAAGAGAGAAAGAGAGAGAGAGAGAGAGAGAGACAGACAGAGAGACAGACAGACAGACAGACAAAAAGGGAGAGAACAGCUGGACGCUGUAUAUUUAACGUUCUCUGCUUUAUAUCGCGAGCUAGAUUGAAAUUUAACGAUUUUAUUUAACGAGGAAAUUUUAUAUCGCACGAUCAUUGAAAUUUUUUAUCCAGUUCGAUGAAUUUCAAAAUUACUUCCGCUCGAGUGAUUUUUCAAUCCAUUCGCUUUAAAUAUAUUUGUCAUUUAACAUUUUAUAUAAAUUGAGCUCAAUGACUAUUAUCAACCGCUGAAUAUGCUUCUUUGGCCGAAAUUCAGGUCGAGUAAGAAGUUUAUUCGGUCGCCGGAUUAUUGGUAUUUAAACGUGUUACGCGCAUAGUCAAACGUCGUGUAUCGGACAGUGAAAAAAAUUCAUGACUAAUGUUCGUCUAAUUGCGUAAUUCGCGAUAGGAACUGGAUCAAUUUUAUCGAGGUCAGUCAGUUUGGUUUCCGAGGAAUCAAUCGUAUUUUCUAGUGCUAAUAUUAGAAUAUUUCAUUCUGCAGGGAAUUUACGACGAGUAAUAUUUUAUAUCGUCGCUUUCACGACACGGAACGCAUUACUAAUGCAAUAACGCGCGGUACCGCGUAAAUUUUAUUCCGUUUCAAAGCGCAAAUAUCGCCGCUAAUUCAAUUUAAAAUAUAUGCAUUCGUCAUGUUUUUUCGUUAUAUUAAAUUCGUGAUAACGUUUCGCCAACAAUCAUUUUGAACUUGGCCGUCUGACAGUUUUGUAGCUUCUCGAACCGAACGCUAAUUUCAAAUUAACGACGUAAAAGAGGAGAAACGAUUCAGUGGAUGGAACGAUGGCACGAAGUGGUCGUUGCCGUCGAGCUCGUUGAACAAACGUGAAAAUUCGAAGCGGACCGAAAACCGACCGAGAUCCGCGCAAUAAUCAAAGGUUUACGUUUCCCUGGGAAUUUAUUGCCUUCUUUCGCGACCCACGCGAGAAAAAAGUUGAAAGUAUUUAACUUUACUGCGAGAUAUCACGCGGAAAUUUCUUUUCAUCGCGGUAUUCUCAAAGACCGGAGAAACUUUUACGAGCGAUGGCCAUGUUUAGUAAAGUCUCUGUUACCUUACAAAAAUAUCCUUUCGUCUAUCUCCGAUCAAAAAAUACCAAAGUAAAAAGCAAUUGCGAGAGAGAAACGAAGGCAACUUUGGUGGAACGUAAACCGAUCCGUAGCUUUUUAUUGCGGCAGAAAUCUGCUGGGUUGGAUCGUUUUGUUCCUCUGUAGGGAAACAAGAGCGCAGAAUUUCGUGGAAAUUACCGGGCUUUCAAAAGCGAGUGGCGAAACAAAAGGAUCGAUUUAAAUUACUUGGCCAGCGUAAGCGUAUUUGCAUGAUAGUGAUUUUCGUGGUUGUGUACGAAUCAACAUGAUAAUACUUCUGAGAAAUGUAACAGACCGGAAUCGGACGAGCCGCUGUAUAUAUAAUAUGAAAUCAGAGGUUAGAGAGAUGGAAGGAUAGGCACGAUACAGUUAGAAUCGGAUCCCGUUAUACAUAAUCUGUAUUACGGUCCGCGAACUCUUCUCGUCCGGUUUAACACGUGCCGCUCGUGGCAAAAUUUACUGCCGCGAAAGUAUUGUCUGCGAAACGCGUCCAAUCUGUUGCUUCUUCCUUUGAUUUCUUUCGUGACUCAGCCCCGAUGAAAUCGGUUAGCCGAAUUUUAUUUCACACCUGCGAUCAUUGGAUUGGAUUUCUAUACCGAUUUCUAUAUCUAUACGAGGAAGGAGAUUCAUUUACGAACCGCGUCUAAAAUUUCGUUUCGCUUAUUUAACGUCAGAAGAAAGUAGGUUCGCUGUUAUGAAAUCCCGUUGAAUUCGCAAUUUGCAUUAUGCGAAAUUUAUUUUUAAUAAAAAUCAGAGACAGCUGGGAAAUUUUUUAGUGGGACCGCGUUCGCGGGAUUAAUAUGAAAAAAACUUGGCCGGGAAAUAUCUUUAAAAUCCAUCCGGAGUUUUAAUCACCCACCGCUGCCGGCAGAACCAAUAAAACUAACCCCAUACAUAUCGAAACAAAACGAGGCCACUGUUCGUAUUUCGUUAUUUCAUAUUUACCGGAAAAACAGGAUAUCGGAGAUUAAAGAGAGAGGCAGAGGCAGCUACUAUGGAGAAAUAUCUUGUCUAGUUUCGAUGGCGUAAAAAAAAUAAAAUGAGAAAAAACAUUGAAAAAUGCUCUUCAUUAAACUGGUAUCGAAUUUAUAUCGCUUUAAACGAAUCGUCCAAGAAUUUCUUACAAAAUUCACCAUCACCGUGUCGUUAUCACAAAACAGAAAGGAAGAACGAGGGAGCCACGAAUAUUUAAAUUACAAACAGGCUGCGAAAUUCAACCCCGUUGAUCCUUAUCGUUGUAUACGCAGGGUACAACUGCAUCGGGCGUCAUAAAUGUGUACUCGUUCCACCGAGAAUCACGACGAUCCCGUCAGAAACGCGAACACACGCGGUGCUAGAAGAACGAAAGUUGGGUAGAAACGACAAAAUGGUUUGGCGUUCUAAGUUGAAACGAGAGAGAUAAAGAGAGAGAGAGAGAGAGAGAGAGAGAGAAAGUAGCGUUGGUAAGGGUGAAAAUGGAAGAGAGAAAGAGAGAUCGUCGCACGGUGUGGGUGGAGAGAUCCUGUUAUACACAGUCUGUAUCAUCACUUUGCGAUGUACUUGCGAGCUUUUCCCGCCUCGUUUAACACGGCCCAUUCAUAAUAGGGUGACGGCCGUAAAAGUAUUGCCGGUUAUCGCAGCGGCCGCACCACGUACCUCGCCAAACAUUGUCCGACCUCCGAUUUACCACCUCUACUGAACCACGGAGGGACACCUAUUGUCCUGAGUUACGAUGCACCGAGGUUGCCGACCCACGGGCCGACACUUUUACGGGCAACCCGUGCGCCUCAUAAUUGCCAGAUUGCUACGACAAAACUAGCUAUCCUUUGCCUGUACACCUCUACAACUAUCGGGGAAUAACACGAUAAAUCUCGCUACCAGGACGCCGACACAAUGCAGUCUGUCGUUUAUAUUAAAUAUCGUAACCGGGUAGGAAUUACAUCGGCAGAUAGUCAUUAAUUACGACACGCACAGGUCGAUUUACAUGAGUUUUUUUGCUUACGUAUCUUUUUCUAAUUUAAAUCGAUUUUUCUGUCACGAUGUGAUAGGAAAUAAACGGGACGAUUACUCUCGCGGUUACGCUUCGGUCCCUCGCGGUUCAAAGCGAAGCUGCACCGAGUCGUCUUUACUUCUAACACGUAAAAUAAAUACUUUUGUAUCAAGAGAUUCAAUCUCGUAGAAAUAUAUCAACGUAAACGUGGUUAGUUAGAAAGAUUUAUAUCCAGCCUGAGGAUAUUUAUAUAUUUGCAGGAAAUUUAAACAUACAGAAUAUACAUUAGCACGCGAAAAUAUACGAAACGUCCGAUGCGAACUAUACGUUAUAACAUUUAGAAAAUUAAUCGAGUCUCCGUAUAAAUUCCACCUCUCUAUCCGAUAAAAAUAUAAAUUUCCAUUAACAACCGCAAUGUGUCUGCAACUAUGGCAAAAUUAUAAACAGCCAGUGAAUUCAGCCUAUCGAGUUACGAGCCUCUAGCGAUAAAAAUGUUCACCGGCACCGUAAAGGCAUAGAAAGCUUCCUACCUCUUUGUUUAUCGUCGAGGCAAAAAUCCAGAGUUUGAAACGAGAUGCACGUUGCAGACGUUUAUCAAAGUCUUGUUGUAUCGCGAUAAUAGAAAUGCUGCGAGAUGUAUGACGUUUAAAUUCCUCGGGGAACGGGUCGAAGAGAUGGCUCUCGUCUGGCCUAAUCGGAAAGUUUGAUUUAAAGACGAAAGGUGGCCGCUUUGUCUUCCUGUCGAUUUAAGGAUAGCACGCAGCGUACUCGGAAGAUCGGGGAGUUACGAGCUGAACUUCAUCUACACGGGCCAAGUUUUCCGCGAACUUGGCGAAUUUAUUUCACGGCCGUAUCAGACACGCUGAUCCCUCGGAGCUUUCGAGGAGCUUUCAGAUUCACAUCGACCGACUUCCGCGGGAAUGUUUCGAGUUUCCGGUGUUUCUCUACACCGGGACCGAACUUCUGUUCAACGAGCAGGCCGAGACACAGAGCAAUCGUUCGGUCGUUAAAGCGUCGAAAUCCCUUAACGUCGUUCACGUUUCGCAGUAAAGCUAAGAGAAUUCCGGAACUAUCCGUUUUAUCAAUUCCUGGAUAAAAGCUGCCUCUCGCUGGCCCAACAAUUGUCUCGAAAUCUGCUUUUCUUUGCUACCGUUUUUCCCUUUCUUUUUUUUUUUUUUUUUUUACGAAAUCUAUAAAGCAAUAGGAAAGACUCUUUGCAACCGUGAAGAAGGAAGAGGUUACGCACGGCACUGUGUAAAAGACUUGGACCAAAAAGUGUGUUGUUUUUACUAUUGAAUAUAAAAAGAAUGUUAUCGUGAUUUGAUAAUUCGGCCCAAAAAAUAUCGCUCGCUAUUCCGUAUACUAUUCUCGUUGUAUCUGACAGCAGGACGUACGAAAGUUGAAGAUUUCACAGGCACACGAGAGGAGAAAAUUGCACGAUAUCGAGGAGUAAUAAUAAAUUCCGUUUGUUGUUGAUUUUUAAGAUCAUUAGGGAAAAUUCCUCGUAUCUACUCGCUUUCUCCUGUACCAUUUUCAAAACGACAUAGAUUUCCGAAGGAAUCUCGUUCUUUCGCGAGACGAUCGCGACGCGGCUCUCCUCGCAAAGGUUGACGCACAAAUUGCAAAUACAAUUGCACCGAUCCAUCGAUAGGCAAAUUGUGAAACAAGUUGAAAGUAUUAUUGCUUAUACUUUAAUGUAUCGUUAUAUUAUAUCGAAUGUUUUACGUAAGGACCGCGACUCGAGGUAAGUAACACUUUCGGUGCUCAACGGGAGACGAACGAAGGUUUAUAAAUUAUAUUAUUAGACGACCGAAAGUCCCCGAGGCAAAAGUAUCUCGUGGACGAACAAGACGAUCGAAUCGAACGAAAAUAUUCGAGAGGAUGCUUGAAAUGAUCACCGUUUUGAUCGUCCACGGGACGUAAGAUGUAAGGUGAAUUGUAAAUAGCUCAGUGUAUAAAUUUCAGUUCCAGAUUCAUUGUAUAAACAUUAUAAAUAAAAGAAAGGGGGGAGCGUGAAUUCGCGUGAACCGUUCGUAUCGAUUCCCGGUCUUGUCGAGAAGCGUUCUCGAUACGAGUUCGACGCGCGAAAUCUCUGUAAAUAAUCGAUCACAUAAGAAGUGCCAAAUACGUGAGUCAUACAUACAUACAUACAUAUAUACAUACAUACAAGUAUACGUAUUAUACAUACAUACAUACAUGCAUACAUACAUGCGCAUAACACGUAAAUACAUGCACUUACGAUGCAUACGAAUCGAGAAUCGCGCUCGUUUCCUGCAAUAACAAACGAGCCGGGUGGAUAACCCAGUCGAUACCGAAAGUUCGGGAAGAGAGGGAGGAACGUGAUAGAAUAGCGGAUAUCCGGCUACGUUAGCCGGCUAUUUGAAUAAUGAAUGGCCUGCUGGUUCCCAUGACCCUGUAGUCGAACACAGAAGGAUUCGCGAAUACGUCUCUCGCGAUACUUACAGGCGUCUCCAUAUGAUCGUUUCUACUUCGUACGAUUAUAUUUUAAAAAUUGCCUUCUAACGCUAGAAUUACCAGAGCGGUCAAAAUAAACCGACCCAUGAUUUUUUAUAUUAAUCGUUAUGUUUUAAAUGGUACGUUUCAGAAGAUUUGUAUAUAUAGCUUUUUGGCAAAUUAUACGGAUAAAGCGUUGCUCUUUGCCGUGUAACACGUAUUUCUUCCUUUUCCUUCUUCAAUUUCAUCCUUUGUUACGAGUGUCAUGUAUUAAUCGUCGGUGAUUCUAGUGUUAAAAUAACUUGGUUAAGCGCGUAAAUUGUUUUUCUUGGAGUGUAACUAGAGCGGAAGCGAAAGAAACGAUAAAUGCCGCGUCUACGUUGAUCAGAAUUGUUCGUGAACAGUUCGCGAACUGUUAAUGUCGUGGACAGAUCUUUCAGCGUCUUGUCUCCUGGAUAAACAGUAUUCGCUAUUCGCUUACGAGCUCGCUCACACGUUCCCUCGCGAAAAUCGCUGCAUUGUCGACAAACGUAACUUACAAUCUGUUCGUGAACUGUUGGCGAACGUCACUGUGGACGCAGCAUAAGGUAAGAACACUAUGUUCCUUCCUACUUCCUUUGGAAGUUCGAGAAGGUCGUAGUCGACAGAAAAAUCCAAUAAACUAGUUUACUGCCAAACGUAAUAAUUGUCGACGGACGAACUAGACGUAUCAAUGUGUUUCUUUAUUUAUUUGCCAACUGCGCCCUUGGCUGUAGCGACUAAAAGGGCGAACGAUUGUUAUGACUCAACGAGGAACGUACAGGUGUGGGAAAGAAAGCGAAAAAAAGAAAACUAGGCGUACGGAGAUUAACAAUAACUAAUUAUGUCGUCGUAAGACUCGUAUCUCAUAGGCAAAUACUGCCGAAUACCACAAAACCAAUCUCGUUUACGCAGAAACGAUUCUUGUUGUUGAUUAUUACUGUUGAACCGAAACCAAAGAGACGAUGCAAAGAGAUUAGUAGAACUUAAAAACCGAUGAUAAGGUUGAUUUUGUGGUUGGCAACGUUUACUGUGUUCCUGUAAAUAAAUAUACAUAAACGAAGGUGUAACCUGCUUAGAUUAACUAACGGCGUAAAUAAUGAUAAAGUAUCGUCACGUCGAGAGGAUGGAAACGAAACGCGAGAUGGGCAAAAUUGCCACGACGUUUUUCUUCUUCUCUCCUCCCACUGUCUCUAUAUUUCUCCAUCUUUCACCUUCCUUCUUGUUCGUGCGAACGCGAAAACAAAUUCUAACGAUUGCUUUCUCCAAUUUCAUACGAUCCUCCCUUUUUUUAUGAAACACACCGGGUGUCGACGCGAGAAAGUAUUUUAUUAAUCGAUUCGUCGCAAAGACGUCGAAGGAAAAUAUAUUUAACGUCUGUCGGUGUCAAAUUCAUUGGAAACGAAUUCCACGAACGAAGAGCUCACGAUAGCGGAUCGCGGCAAUUAUUAGAAAAUUUUCAAGAUUCCAGAUAUUCGUUCCGGGGAACAAAAGUUAUUCCUGAAUAUUCUCUCUAGCGAAAUUUCUUAAAAAUGUUUUUUUACGCUUUAUAUAAGGAAAGAAGGAGUUUUCUUAACGAAUUAGACGAGUCUAUCCGUACAAGAUCGUUGCACGAUCGAGAGAAAAUUCGUAGAAAAGCGUAAGAAAGAGAGAAACUGAAGAAAACCCAGCGACCGUAGAUCUGCCAAAGAGAAUCUCUAGAGAGGAGGAUACACCUGAACGCCAACGAUGAAAAGAAAACGAGCAAAAAUAAAGAAAAGCACCGAAAAUCGCUUUUAAUGUGCACAUAAACUCGCUGCGUAGUGUUACUCUAAAUGUUGCUACAUUUAAUAUGUAAGUAUAGAUUGUGUUUUGACCUGUGUAAAGAAAGAGAAAGAUUCGGCGGAUUUUUUUAUUUCGUCACUUCAAGCGGGACGUUAUGUCAAUUAAAAGUGUAUAAAAAAAAAAAAAAGAAUAAGAGAAAAGAGCCCAGCGAGAUAUUGUUACCGAUGGCUGGUCCUUCCUUUCGGUUUUCCAUGGGAAUAUGUUUUCUGUCCGUAUUAUUGUACAUUUUUCAUAAUUCCCUUAUUGUGAUAAAUUUAUCUAGGACUGUACGAAUAAAAGGAUACAGAAACCAAA